GUAUUUUCCUGCUUUGCGUCCUCGUUGUGUCCGUUUCUGCUUGGCCUCGGUCUUCUCUUGGUUCUUUAAUCAACGUGAAGUGUUGUCGGUUGAACUCGAGCCGUUUACAAUGCGCCCUGCCGAGGGCGUUUGGACUCAGAGCUAACCUUAGCUGUGAAAUGCUAACUACAACUACAGUGUCACAAGCUCAGUCGUGUCAACAAAGAGUUGAAAUUUCACCUGAACGAUGUCUGCCUCGGGGAAACUGGCAUCUCUCCGUCUGCCUCCCCUGCCGACUGUAGGCGAGUUGAUCAAGCUGUACAACCUGCGAGCAGAGAAGCAGCUCUCUCAGAACUUUCUCCUGGACUUGAGGCUCACAGACAAAAUAGUGCGUCAGGCAGGCAAUUUGAUGGACGCACAUGUGUGUGAGGUGGGCCCUGGUCCCGGGGGCCUGACCCGCUCCAUCCUUAAUUCCGGCGCAGCGGACUUGCUCGUGGUGGAGAAAGAUACACGCUUCAUCCCCGGGCUUAAGCUGUUGUCAGAGGCAGCACCGGGGAGGCUGAGGAUCGUCCACGGGGACAUACUCACAUACAGGACGGACCGAGGAUUCCCAGCAACCGUCUCAAAGCCGUGGGGGGGAGAUCCACCAAACCUUCACAUCAUAGGGAAUCUCCCGUUCAGCGUCUCUACCCCGCUCAUCAUCAAGUGGCUGGAGGACAUGGCCAACGGGACGGGGCCCUUCGUCUACGGACGCACCCGACUUACGCUCACUUUCCAGAAAGAGGUGGCAGAGAGGUUGACAGCCAGCACAGGCAGCAAACAGAGGAGCCGUCUGUCCGUCAUGGCUCAGUAUCUCUGCACUGUCCGGAACUGCUUCACCAUCCCUGGACGGGCCUUCGUCCCAAAACCAGAGGUGGACGUGGGAGUAGUUCACUUCACCCCCCUGGUUCAGCCGCAGAUCCAGCAGCCCUUCAAGCUGGUGGAGAAAGUGGUCAGAAACAUAUUCCAGUUCCGCAGGAAGUACUGCCAUAAAGGAGUAGAAAAGUUAUUCCCGGAGGCGUGUCGUAUGGAGCUGACACAGGAGAUGAUGCAGAAGGCGGACGUGGACCCCACUCUGCGCGCCACAGAACUCACCAUAUCUCAGUUCAGGGCUUUAGCAGAUGCUUACGCUCAACUCUGCAGCCGCGAACCCAGCCUCCUCAGCUACGAGUUCAGAGAGGAGCUGAGACUGAAGCACCUCGGCAGGCGAAGGAACUCGCCAACGGACGCCUUGUCAAGCACGCCACCAGAACCUCUGCAAACCUGCUGAAAAGGGAAUAAAGAAACCAAGUGAAGCCCACUAAUAGCAUCUGUUAGCAGGGGGAGACAACAGACUGCUCUCAGCCUUGACAUUUCCACCUGGCAUCCAGCAUGCAUUUUUAAAAUGUUUUUCCCUGCGCCCAGGGAGCGAUAGUUACCUAUCGUAUACACGAAAUCCUGGGACAGAGACGAGGGCCACGAGGCACUUAAAGAUCUUGGUGGGAAGCUUGUUGUUGGAAGGCACACAUCGGAGCGGGGUUGUGCGUUUUCUGUCAGAGGCAAGGAAGCAUGCUGUUGGCCACAAUAGCUCUUUAAGAGCCAAUAUCCCAAUGUCCUAAUUCGUACGUCAGUUCCAACUCACAUAACCCCCCUUUUGUCCUGUGGGACCUGAAACAUCAACAUUUUUUACAGGGUGAUUUAGAGAGGAACAUGGCAACACCAUAUCCAGGCCAUCCCCCCCCCCCCUUUGCUAUGUACUGCAUUGCCGAGUCACUUGGGAGACAGAGCUUAAAGGGAGGAGGAAAGUGCUGGGGAUUUGUCAGCACUUGUUGUAUUAAAGGAAGAGGACUCCUAUUAAAAUUUUUUUUUUGGUUUAAAAACCUGGCCAUGUUGUUUUGUAUGUUAAUGUUUGCGUAAGGUUGUGUGCGUUUGCCUACGACUGUACACGCUCAUCUAAACACUCAGGAUUCAAAACGUUGAGCCGAGAUGAGACAAAUAAUAAAUGCCUGAGGUACUGAUGCCAGACAAAUGUGACAAUAAUAAUACCACCCGGUGUUAUUAUUCAAGAUUCUAUACCCAUAACCGUGCGGCUGCAUGAGUGAUAUUUGAAAACUAGAACGGAUCAGCACCAGCAGAAAACAAGACGGGGCUGUUUGCUGCCAGCGUGGCAGAUGGCAGGUUGGGCUUAACUUGCCAGAGGGAAAAUUCAAUCAUUUUUCAUGAUUGGUGGAGGAUAAUGGUGGAUGACAAUCUCCAACCACCACAAUCGGGAGGGUCCCUUCUGAUCUGCACCGCGGAGAGAUAAACGCAAGUCUGCAAUGUUGGCAGCCAUUACCCACAGACAGCCCAGCAUAGCGACCGUGAAGAAACUGUGUUUUUGUUUUGCUUGUGUUUUGGUGAGCUUUUAUUUUGGAAAAUAUGACUGCAGGUGACGUCACGCACCGGCGGGCGAGGCUGCGCUGAUUCAGCCGCUGAUGCGAUACACCUGCGCGCCCGCUGUCGUCGUUGAUUGGUCCGUCUGUUUCCAGCUGUGCAGCAGGAGAACGGCCCUCGAGUGGAAC